GGUCCGUUUGCAACGUGACUGGAGUAGCGUGACCUGUCUCCCGGUGAGGGCGGUACAAGACGCUCACAUGGGCAACAGAAGCGGUAGUAGAAGACGCAGCAGGCGACAGCCCCUGGGCGUCGUCAUACGAAGUAGAGCCCGUACGCGCUGCUAGUGACAGGCUGGUAGAGGUGACCGUACCUGUACAAGCGUAACGUUGUAUAACACGUUUGCUUUGUUGACGCGACCCACCAGGCACCAAAACAUGGGGCGGAAAGUGACUCUUGCAACCUGCUCGUUGAAUCAGUGGGCUUUGGACUUUGAAGGCAACUCGGAGAGAAUACUGAGGAGCAUUGAGAUUGCUAGGACUCAUGGCGCCAAGUACAGACUGGGUCCAGAACUGGAGAUAUGCGGGUAUGGGUGUGCAGACCACUUCUAUGAGUCGGACACGUUGCUACAUAGCUUUCAGGUUCUGAGGAAGCUUCUGGAAUCUCCCGUCACCCAGGACAUCAUCUGUGAUGUGGGAAUGCCCAUCAUGCACCAUAAUGUGCGCUACAACUGCCGGGUCUUGUUUCUCAACAGGAAGAUCCUGCUGAUCAGACCUAAGAUGCUGAUGGCUAACCAUGGGAACUACAGGGAAGUGCGCUGGUUCUCUCCUUGGAACCAGUUAAGGAAAGUGGAGGAGUAUUUCCUGCCCAGAAUGAUCCAGGAAGUAACAGGCCAGGAUACAGUCCCAUUUGGUGACUGUGUGCUGUCCACAAAGGACACUUGCAUUGGGACUGAGAUUUGUGCAGAACUCUGGAACCCCAGAAGCCCACACAUUCAGAUGGGGCUGGAUGGAGUUGAAAUCUUUACCAAUUCAUCUGCCAGCCACCAUGAGCUCCGCAAAGCUGAACAAAGAGUCACCCUGAUCAAAUCAGCCACCACCAAGAGUGGCGGUAUAUACCUGUAUGCCAACCAGCGGGGCUGUGAUGGAGACCGUGUCUACUACGAUGGUUGUGCCAUGGUGGCCAUCAAUGGAGAAGUUGUGGCACAGGGAGCACAGUUCUCUCUGAAUGAUGUGGAGGUGAUUACAGCCACAGUUGACCUCGAGGAUGUGCGUAGCUACAGAGGAGAGCUAUGCCAGCCACACAUGGAAAGUGAACCCAAACCAUGUCACAGGGUGAAAGUUGACUUCUCUCUAUCCACUGGUGAUGAUAUCUAUCUCCCUACCCACCAGCCAGUAGCAUGGCACCUUCAUACACCAGAGGAAGAGAUCAGUCUAGGGCCGGCCUGCUGGCUGUGGGACUACCUGAGGAGAAGUGGACAGGCUGGUUUUCUGCUGCCUCUGAGUGGAGGUGUUGAUAGCUCGUCCACCGCCUGUAUCGUCUACUCUAUGUGUGUGCUGCUCUGUCAGGCUGUAAAGGAUGGCAACAGUCAGGUACUGCAGGAUGUUCGCAGGGUGGUUGGGGAUGACUCCUACCAUCCUCAGCACCCAAGGGAGCUGUGCAGUCACAUCUUUACCACCUGCUACAUGGCCAGUGAAAACUCCUCUGAGAACACAUGCGGCAGGGCCAGAGACCUGGCCAAUCAGAUCGGCAGCACACACAUGAAUGUUAACAUAGACAUGGCAGUGAAAGGCAUUCUGGGUAUCUUCUCAGUGGUUACUGGAAAGUGGCCUCAGUUUCGUGCAAAUGGAGGAAGCCACAGAGAAAACCUGGCUCUGCAGAACAUCCAGGCUCGGGUCAGAAUGGUCUUGGCCUAUCUCUUUGCCCAGCUCAGUCUGUGGGCGUGGGGGAAACCAGGCGGACUGCUGGUGCUGGGCUCAGCCAAUGUAGAUGAGAGUCUGACAGGGUAUUUCACCAAGUAUGACUGCUCCAGCGCUGACAUCAACCCAAUAGGAGGCAUCAGCAAGACAGACCUGAAGAGCUUCCUGCAUUACUGUGUUCAGCAGUUCCAGCUCACUGCCCUGAGAGGCAUCCUGGACGCUCCCCCAACAGCUGAACUGGAGCCUCUCAUCGACGGACAGGUGUCACAGACGGAUGAGGUGGAUAUGGGGAUGACCUACUCUGAGUUAUCUGUGAUUGGCCGACUGAGGAAGAUCUCCAAGUGUGGCCCCUUCAGUAUGUUCUGUAAACUCAUCCACAUGUGGAAGGACACUCUCUCAGCCUCAGAGGUGGCCCAGAAGGUGAAGCACUUCUUCCGAAUGUACUCAGUGAACCGGCACAAGAUGACCACAGUGACACCGUCCUACCAUGCUGAGAGCUACAGUCCUGAUGACAACCGCUUUGACCUCCGACCUUUCCUCUAUAACACACGCUGGACCUGGCAGUUCAGGUGCAUCGACAGCCAGGUGGCCCAAAUGGCAGCAAAUGCUCCAAAGCAAUAAGAACCUGAGUGUCCAGAGAAAAUCCAUCAGAACCGGGACAGGUCAAAAGAUCAAAUAAAAGAACUGAAAUGAAUGAAGAAUAAAAUAUAGUAAACUGUA